AUGAAAGAUAUCAAGAGUAUUCUUACCAUGGGCAAUUUACUUUGGUGUUUAAAGUUGGAACGUACCAACAAUGUUUUAAAGGCAAUGAAAGAAGAGCAUGAAAGCUAUAAAGUUGAAAGAAUGCUCAACGAUGAUGAAUCACGCUGCUCAUUACUUGAGAUGGUCAACAUUGAUAUCCAAAAGCCAGUAAAGGGCGAAGGAUAUGGUAUCUUGUUGCCAGAGGGAAAAAAAAAAAAAGGAUGUUAUUGCUCUAUGCGAUUCACUGGCAUCAAAAUUCAAGUGAUGCUGUAA